AUGAGUAUCAGCGAAAUACGAGAAAAACAUUAUGCUGAUGCUAAACAUUUAUGGGAUGAUGACUACUUCGAAACUAGCCCUUACAAGAAGUCUAUUAAAACAGUUAAUUCAGAAAGUUUGAGAAUAUUUCAGCUUGAAAAUGAAUAUAAAGAAGCAGAAUCAAAAACAGGUGCUAUAACUAAGCAAGCAGAAGAUUACGUAGUAAAACUUGAAGAAAAAGCUGCGCUAUAUGCAGAUGAAGUUAAAAAACUCGAAAAUCAAUUAGAUCAAUACAAACAAAAGAAAGCUGAAUUCAAAGCAUCAAUAGAAUCAGAAAUAAAAUCAGAUAACAAGACAUUUGAUAAAGCAGAAACAGUUUUAGAACAAAGAAUUCAAACAGCAAAUGAUACUAUUGCAGAUUUAACACAGAAAAUCAAUGCACUUGAAAAACUUAUUACACUUAGAAUGCCUGAAGCUCAAGAACUAUUAAUACAACUAAGAGCGUUGCUAUCUGCUCAAUCUAAGGAAUUAUACUUCAUGGAACGGAAAAUGAAGAACGAGAACUCUGGAAAGCUCACAGAGAGAAAGAAUAAGAACUAA